AUGGCUUCAACAAAGGAAUAUGGUCUCCUCUGCCUGGAGAACCCUCUUCUCGACAUUCAGGCUGUUGGCGACGAUGCGCUCCUCGAAAAGUAUGGUCUCAAGGCCAACGAUGCCAUUCUUGCUGAGGAGAAGCACCUCCCCCUCUUCGAAGAUCUCCUCAACAACUUUGACGCCAAAUUAAUUGCUGGGGGUGCUGCUCAAAACUCGGCUCGCGGAGCCCAGUACAUGCUGCCACCAAACAGCGUUGUUUACCUCGGCGGUGCCGGUGACGACAAGUACUCGGCCAUCAUGCACGACGCCGUCAAGGCUGCCGGCCUGCGUGUCGAGUACCGUGUUGACCCUGAGAAAAAUACUGGCCGCUGCGGUGUUGUCAUCACCGGACACAAUCGCAGCUUGUGCACUGAUCUUGGCGCCGCCAAUCACUACGACUUGGACCACUUGAAGAAACCCGAGAUUUGGAGUCUCGUUGAGAAGGCCGAGGUGUACUACAUCGGUGGCUACCACUUCACUGUCUGCCCCCCUGCCAUCAUGGAGCUCGCCAAGCAAGCCGCAGAGAAGAACAAGGUCUUUGUCUUGUCCUUGUCCGCGCCCUUUAUUCCCCAGUUCUUCAAGGAAGUCGUUGACGCUAGCGCCCCCUACUGGGACUAUGUCAUUGGCAAUGAGACUGAAGCUGCUGCCUACGCCGAGUCGCACGAGCUUCCUUCCAAGAAGCCAAAGGACGUCUGCAAGCAUCUCGCCAACCUUCCCAAGGAGAACAAGAAGCGAAAGCGUGUUGCCAUCGUUACCCAGGGCACUGAACCUACCUUGGUCGCGGUGCAGGGUGAAGAUGAGGUCAAGGAAUUCCCUGUCCACGCCAUCGCCAAGGAGCAGAUCAACGACACCAACGGUGCUGGCGAUGCAUUUGCCGGCGGCCUCUUGGCUGGUAUCAUGCAGGGCAAGGACCUCGCCACUAGUGUCGACAUGGGACAGUGGCUCGCCAGACUGAGCAUCCAGCAGCUUGGGCCCUCGUAUCCCUUCCCAAAGCAGACCUAUACUGCCUCUUCUUCUUAA